AUGAAAAGGCUCACGGUGGAUUUUUGGAGACGGGUUUUUAAGAAGCAGAUGAAUGAGGUGAAGCCAAAUGAUCUCUGGAGGCUGACAAUGGAUCUGAGGCUUGACUUCCACAGUGUGGAACCCGGAUGGACAGAAACAUUUCAGGAGCAUGCUCAUGGAAGGUAAAAAACAAACAAACAAAGCUUCUACCAGAUAGCUAAUAUUUUUGUAAUGCGCAGGAACAUAGAGACCUGCCUUUUCCUGAUUCAGAGCAUUGGCUCAUCUAGCACUCUGCUCUCUCCCCUGGCCGGCUGCGGUUCUCCAGGGUUCCAUGUAGGGUUCUCUCUUGGCCCUAAAUGGAAUCGUGGAAUACUAGAGUUGGAAGGGACCCCAAGUCAUCUAGUCCAAUCCCCUGCAAUGCCAUUGGGGAUUGAAAGUGGGACAUUCUGUGUGCGGACUCUCUUCUCCUGAUCUACGUCUAAUCCCAUAUUGUGCUCCAGCACACCUGCAGAGUGAGCCCAGCUGGGAGUUUAUUGUGGAAUUGAUAGUGCUUAUGCACACAGGGUACGAUGUCAACAUCUUCAAAAUUCUAAGAUAUCUCUAUCUAUCAUCUAUCUAUCUAUCUAUCUAUCUAUCUAUCUAUCUAUCUAUCUAUCUCUAUCUAUCUAUCAUCUAUCUAUCUAUCAUCUAUCUAUCAUCUAUCUAUUCUCUCUCUCUCUCUCUCUCUCUCUCUCUCUCUCUCUCAAUUUCCUCUUCCCAUGGAAAAUCCAUUAAGUAGAAAUAACCCGUUAUAAUCCGCUGUGGAAGGUCAUUACCUCAUGGAGGGGCAGUUUGUCUCAUGUGAUAUGAUAUUUUGGUGGAUGUUCUCUCUAUCACAACACCUUUGCUCUCUUUUCCUUCUCACCUGAUAUCAGGUGCCCCACUUGUGGGGCAAGUGGGUAUGGCUGGGGAAGAACCACUGGGAGGGGGAGUCACUGAGUACUUUAAAACCAUUGUUCUCUAUGGGCAAUUAGCUGCAGGUUACAAUGUACAAAAAGCAAAGUCCACGCUUCAGGAGAUCAUCAACAGAAGUACCAAAUUCUGCUUGCUCCCUGCCCCCCCCAUCUCUCUCCCUGCUAGAUUUACCUGUUCCGGAUGCCUCCACAGCUGGUCCUCGCACCAAGUUCUUAUCCUGUUCCACAUGCAAUGGGACAGUUCUGAGAGGCAAGGACACGUCAGGAUGAAGCCCUUGGGUCAACGGUGCCACGAAUGCUCUCUGGACACGUACAAAGAGCCACGGUUCUCCGAGGACGACGUUGCCGACAUCUUGAAGGAGUUGAUCCUCGAUAUCAGGGAGAAUUGCUAUGGGGAGCAGGUUGACCGCAGUCAGCUCUCUAGGGUGGUCUGUCACGAGGGUGGUCCACAUAAGCGCGAAUUUUGUGAAGGGUGCCAGCUGGGAAUCCACAAAGGGCAACAAGGGCGGUCGAAGCAAGCAGAGCACCGCGGGAAACCCCAAAGCACAGGGUAUCCGGCGACCAUUAUACAGAUAGAAACACCAAGUCCAUCAUUCCUGGGGUCCUCAGCCCCAUCAUUCGCAGGGUCCUCAGCCCCAUCAUUCGCAAGGUCCUCAGCACCAUCAUUCACAGGGUCCUCAGUCCCUAUACAGAAUUGCAAUUGUUGCCUAUGUUUUAUAAUUAUAAUUAUAAUUAUAAUUUUCAUUGUCUGGUACUGGGGAUAGCAGAGCAGGCGGUAUAUUUAAACUGCAAUGGAAAUUCCGCCACCCACCCCUUGCUGGCUUGGCCUGCCGUGACUUUAUAAGCCCUGCCGCCUCCUGUACAAAAGCUGCUGAAUGUCUGCAAAGGCUUUUCUGUAUUCUGAAACUAUUACACCAGUGGCAAAUUGUGACGGAUCAGAACAGCUCUGGUGUAAGAUUCACCUUUUCUUCCCUUUUAUUUCUUUGCUACUCGAAUAGAAUGUUGUUCAAUCAAUCAAUUGACCGUUGUGUGAUCAGCUGCUCAUUAGAGGCAAAUCAGAACACAGUUUUAUAGUAGUUAAAACACAGCAAACCAAGAGUCAUAAAACAUUUCCGUACUACAAAAGGCUUAACCUUUGAAUUUCAGCAGAUUCAAGGGUUUUCCUUCAUGUGUUGACCAGUGACCAUCAACAUCUUUGUACGUCUUAACAACUCUCUCUCCCCUCCCCCUGUCCCGACGAUUCCCUGGUCUGGCAGACAAGCUUAAACUGCAUUUUUAAAAACACCGCAACACUGUCUCUCCCCAGGUGAAGACUUCGAGCAUUUAGUAAUUCCUAACAUGUACUAACUCUAACUAUGGUUGUCCCAAAACUGUACAGCAUUGUACAGAUUGGACAAUGGACAGAUGGCCAUCCAACCUCUGCUUAAAAACCUCCAAGGAAGGAGAGUCCACCCCCUGAAUAUAAUUUUCUGGACACAUUCUCCAGACUUGUAAGGGUUUGGGGAGCAGGGAUUCAAGCACAUAACCAGGACAUUUAGGUAAAGGUAAAGGGACCCCUGACCGUUAGGUCCAGUCGCGGACGACUCUGGGGUUGCGGCGCUCAUCUCGCUUUACUGGCCAAGGGAGCCGGCAUACAGCUUCCAGGUCAUGUGGCCAGCAUGACUAAGCUGCUUCUGGCGAACCAGAGCAGUGCACGGAAAUGCCCUUUACCUUCCCGCUAGAGCAGUACCUAUUUAUCUACUUGCACUUUGAUGUGCUUUUGAACUGCUAGGUUGGCAGGAGCAGGGACCGAGCAACAGGAGCUCACUCCGUCGCGGGGAUUCGAACCACCGACCUUCUGAUUGGCAAGCCCUAGGCUCUGUGGUUUAACCCACAGCGCCACCUGUGUCCCAACCAGGACGUUUAGUUUUGUGCAAUUAAAAUGGAGCAAGGUUCUCUGUGUCCCCAGGGCAACAAAAGCACAUUUUAAAAGAAAGAAGUGUAAAAACAUAAAAAAGAGCGUGCUGGAUUGGGAAAAUGGGUAACCCUCUAGCCCAGGAUCCUGUUCUCACAGUAGUCAACCAGGUGCCCCAAUGCGAAACUAGGAAGCAGGAGUUGAGCUUCCCAGGGAACUCUCCUCUCCUGCAGUUUCCAGGUAUACAGUGGUACCUCGGGUUAAGAACUUAAUUCGUUCCGGAGGUCCGUUCUUAACCUGAAACUGUUCUUAAAUUGAGAUACCACUUUAGCUAAUGGGGCCUCCUGCUUCCGCCGCACUGCCGAAGCACAAUUUCUGUUCUCAUCCUGAAGCAAAGUUCUUAACCUGAGGUACUAUUUCUGGGUUAGCGGAGUCUGUAACCUGAAGCGUCUGUAACCUGAAGCCUCUGUAACCCAAGGUACAACUGUACUGGUAUCUGAAAGCAUUACUUUCUUCAACCACCACAGCUUUUAAAACACAAUAACAAGAAAGAAUUGAAAUCACCAGUGACAUAAAGGCAAAGGGACCCCUGACCAUUAGGUCCAGUCGUGGCCAACUCUGGGGUUGAGGUGCUCAUCUCGCUUUAUUGGCCGAGGGAGCCGGCAUACAGCUUCUGGGUCAUGUGGCCAGCAUGACUAAGCGACUAAGCAUGACUGGCGAACCAGAGCAGCGCACGGAAACGCCGUUUACCUUCCCACCGGAGCGGUACCUAUUUCUCUACUUGCACUUUGACGUGCUUUUAAACUGCUAGGUGGGCAGGAGCAGGGACUGAGAAACGGGAGCUCACCCCGUCGUGGGGAUUCGAACCGCGGACCUUCUGAUCGGCAAGCCCUAGACUCUGUGGUUUAACCCAGAGCGCCACCCGCGUCCAGUGACAUACUGCUUGAUAAUUCUGGGAGGAAGGAUCAAGGCAGUUAACAAACAGCAAGUGUAAUGUUCAUUGGAGCUAUUAGCUAAAACACAAAAUAAUAUACAAAGAAGCUUAGAAAUGUUACCUUGGCCACUAUGGAAGUACGCUAUAUAGUAUUGUAUUGCAAGUAAACUAAACAGGUAAUAAAAGCUAUUGUUGGCUAUGCAUGCCACCUGGAAACUACAGAAAGAGUUGUCCCAAAGUCCUCACAGUUGACUUUGAACCUCUGGUGUUGUUAACUCUUGGCUGAGUUUCGUUUCGCAAACGUACGGACCGGUCAGCUUGUGAGGGUGAGGAAAGCAAAGCAGGGAAUCACAAACCGCACCCACCUUCUCACUGCAUCCCAUUCCGGCCUCUGCAAAAAAGACCACAAUCACCUUUGUCAUUAAGCAACCCCGAUCGGAAAAGAAAAAUGAAUAGGCUCACGAUGGAUUUUUGGAGACGGGUUUUUAAGAAGCAGAUGAAUGAGGUGAAGCCAAAUGAUCUCUGGAGGCUGACAAAGGAUCGCAGGAUUGAAUUCCACAGGGUGGAACCUGGGUGGAUGGAAACAUUUCAGGAGCAUGCUCAUGGAAGGUAAAACAAAACAAAAAAGCUUCUUUGUUGUUGUUGUUUAGUCGUUUAGUCGUGUCCGACUCUUCGUGACCCCCUGGACCAGAGCACACCAGGCACUUCUGUCUUCCACUGCCUCCCGCAGUUUGGUCAAACUCAUGCUGGUAGCUUCGAGAACACUGUCCCACCAUCUCGUCCUCUGUCGUCCCCUUCUCCUUGUGCCCUCCAUCUUUCCCAACAACAGGGUCUUUUCCAGGGAGUCUUCUCUUCUCAUGAGUCUUGGAACCUCAGCUUCAGGAUCUGUCCUUCCAGUGAGCACUCAGGGCUGAUUUCCUUCAGAAUGGAGAGGUUUGAUCUUCUUGCAGUCCAUGGGACUCUCAAGAGUCUCCUCCAGCACCAUAAUUCAAAACAUCAAUUCUUUUGAUCAGCCUUCUUUAUGGUCCAGCUCUCACUUCCAUACAUCACUACUGGGAAAACCAGAGCUUUUAGUAUACGGACCUUUGUUGGCAAGGUGAUGUCUCUACUUUUUUUUUGCUGUCUAAAAAAAAAAACACACACACAAAAAGCUUCUACCCGAUAGCUAAUAUUUUUGUAAUGAGCCGGAACAUUGAGAGCUGCCUUUUCCUGAAUCAUAGCAUUGGUCCAUCUAGAACUGUGCUGUAUCCCCUGACUGGCUGUGGUUCUCCAGGGUUCCGUGUAGGGUUCUCCUGAGGUCCACUCUUCAGGAGAGCCUCAAUAAAAGUACCAAAUUCUGCUUGCUCCCCCUCCCAUCAUCUCCCCCUCUCUCCCUGCUAGAUUUACCUGUUCUGGAUGCUGGCACAGCUGGUCCUCAUACCAAGUUCUUAUCCUGUUCCACAUGCAAUGGGACAAUUCUGAGAGGCAAGGACACGUCAAGAUGAAGCCCUUGGGUCAGCGGUGCCACGAAUGCUCUCUGGACACGUACGAAGAGCCACGGUUCUCCGAGGACGACGUUGCCGACAUCUUGAAGGAGUUGAUCCUCGAUAUCAGGGAGAGUUGCUAUGGGGAGCAGGUUGACCGCAGUCAGCUCUCUAGGGUGGUCUCUCACGAGGGUGGUCCGCAUAAGCGCGAGUUUUGUGAAGGGUGCCAGCUGGGAAUCCACAAAGGGCAACAAGGGCGGUCGAAGCAAGCAGAGCACCGCGGGAAACCCCAAAGCACAGGGUAUCUGGCGACCAUUAUACAGAUAGAAACACCAAGUCCAUCUUUUACAGGAUCCUCAACCCCAUCAUUCACAGGGUCAUCAGCACCAUCAUUCACAAGGCCCUUAGCACCAUCAUUCACAGGGUCUUCAGCCCCAUCAUUCCCCUGGUCUUCAGCCCCAUCAUUCCCACGGCCCUCAGCCCCGUCAAUCUCAGGGUCUUCAGCCCCAUCAUUCCCCUGGUCCUCAGCCCCAUCAUUCCCAAGGCCCUCAGCCCCGUCAAUCUCAGGGUCUUUACCCCCAUCAUCCACAGGGUCUUUAGCCCCAUCCUCCACAGGGUCCUUGGCCCCAUCCUCCACAGGGUCCUCAGCCCCAACACAGGGUUGCAAUUACUGUCUUUGGUCUGUAAUUCUAAUUAUAGCAGUAUUUAUAAUUUCAAUUAUAAUUUUCAUUGCCUAUAUACUUUCUCUCAUUACCUAA